AUGACAGAAUUUAACUGGGAUGAUAGUGCAGUACUUUUAUUAAUAGAAAAGUAUCAAGAAAAUGAACUAUUGUGGAAACCAAGGCACAUGGAUUUCAAGAAUCGUAACAAAAGAAAUGAUGCUAUUAGGGAUAUUGCUUCUGUGUUUUACAUAGCAUCAUUAGAACACUUCUGCGAAAAUUGCAACCGCAUCUGCGGGCCGGCGAUAAAGCCGGCGGCAAAUUCAGCGGCAAGGCGGUCUGUAAGCCGGCGGCAAACCCGGCGGCGUAAGCCGGCGGCAUGUGUGGAUGCGCCAUGA